UUUUAAGAAUGCGGGCCAACAUUAUGUUGAGUACACAAAAGUGUCAUAAUGGUCGAACAUUUCGUGGACUAACGGUUACGGUAAUUAUUAAGUAGGUACGAUCUUUGGUUCGUUGUACUGUUUUAAUUUGAGGGGACCCAAAUUUUCGAACUGGUCGAAAUGAUACGAAGAUCCAGUUUGCAGAUUCUGGACUGGACUACAGUACCAACAACAAACGCUUUAUUAAUUAAGCAAACAAUAAAAACUUUGAUCCCGGUACUACUAACACGGUACCCUUGUUCCAAUUGGCGCAAUCUGAUCCACUUUAAAACCACAGUUACACUUUUUCGGUGGUGUUUGUCCACCAAUUAACACCCAAAUAAAAGACAUCGUUAUUCGUUCACGAUUGCAAACACACACUGCACUCGAUCGCGCCACCAUGAAGGUAAUUUUCUGUGUCGUACUGACCGUACUUCUUCCGACUACGUUUUCCACACCAAGAACGGCAAAAUUUUGGCCUGUGGGGCUGGUACGAUUCCCGAAUGACGUGUGCAACUCCGUCGAGGGGUACAUGGGGACGUGCUACACCAGAUGGGAGUGCAGCAGCGUCGGCGGUCUGGGUUCUGGUAGUUGCGCGAAUGGUAUAGGGGCUUGCUGCAUUUUUCAAGGUACUUGCGGCAACAGCUCUAGUUACAACAACACGUACUUUAUCAAUCCCGGGUUUCCGAACACGAUUUCCAACUCCAGUUCUUGCACGUUUACGAUUAAGAAGUGCAACCCGGAUAUAUGUCAGGUGCGACUCGACUUCUUAAACCUAAAUUUGGCCCAGCCUGAUGGUAACGGUAACUGCGUUACUGACUCCCUUAUUGUGUCUGGAGGGGCCUCCAACAUCCCUAUUAUCUGUGGGGAGAACAGUGGCCAACACAUUUAUGUUAACUUCAACGGGGAUAGCGAUAUCACUCUUAUGAUAAAUACUGGGGCUUUAGCUAGUUAUGGUCGUUCGUGGAACAUCAAGGUAACCCAGCUGGCGUGCGACUGUCCCAGUCUUGCUCCGACUGGCUGCCUCAUGUAUUAUACAGACCUCACAGGUACUGUCAACAGUUUCAAUUACGGUACCACCUUGAGUGGUGCUUUGGUUGUCAAUCCUGCCAACAUGACGAGACCAGGAACCAGACAACUAGCCAAUGAGAAUUAUGGGGUGUGUGUGCAGAUGCAACCCGGGUACUGCGCUAUAGAGUGGAGCCAAGGACCGGACUCGACCUCUUUUACCGUCAGUGGCGACACAGCCCUAACAGAUGUCACUCCUGGUUUACCCGGAAACCCCAUGAGUGGUACCAUGUGCGACACGGACUUCGUGGUGAUUCCCAAUCCCACUUUUACCAAUGGUACUAUGUCUGCAACGGAUAGGUUUUGUGGAAACGAAUUCCCCACGGUCACUAGUUCCUCGAAGCCGUUUGUUAUGACAGUUGUGACAGACGGCAGCGACGCCACUGACGUCGCAAAUCGUGGCUUUUCGCUCAAUUAUCGACAAGUACCGUGUGGGGCCGCCGUCACUGGAGUCAUGCUACUUCCAUAGUACCAAAAAAUAUACUUUAAUAAAAACGUUUCCUAC